GGGCCGUCGCCCGGGGCGACUCUCUCGGGAGGCGCGUGCCCUGUCUCAGUAGCGUCGGGGCUGGCGCGCGCGGCGAAUCUUAACAUCGCGCUGUUUGCCGGCGCCUCUGGGCCACCAGUUUCCUUACCUUCCACCCUGGCGCCCCCCAGUCCUGGCUCCCCAGCCUCGCUGCCCCGGGCGUCCACGCCCUGCGGGCUCAGCGGGCUCAAUCUGCGCAGCUCCUCCUCCAUGUUGACUAAGCCUCUGCAGGGGCUGCCCGUGGCCCCCAUGACCCCCACGCCGCCGCCAGGAGGCAAGGAUCGAGAAGCGUUCGAGGCCGAGUACCGACUCGGCCCCCUCCUGGGUAAGGGGGGCUUUGGCACCGUCUUCGCAGGACAUCGCGUCACAGACCGACUCCAGGUGGCCAUCAAAGUGAUCCCCCGGAAUCGCGUGCUGGGCUGGUCCCCCUUGUCAGAUUCAGUCACGUGCCCACUGGAAGUGGCACUGUUAUGGAAGGUGGGUGCAGGCGGUGGACACCCUGGUGUGAUCCGCCUGCUUGACUGGUUUGAGACACCAGAGGGCUUCAUGCUGGUCCUCGAGCGGCCUCUUCCUGCCCAGGAUCUCUUUGACUACAUCACAGAGCAGGGCCCUUUGGGCGAAGGCCGAAGCCGCUGCCUCUUUGCCCAGGUAGUGGCAGCCGUUCGUCACUGCCACGCCCGUGGAGUUGUCCAUCGUGACAUCAAGGAUGAGAACAUCCUGAUGGACCUCCGCCGGGGCUGCGCCAAACUUAUCGAUUUUGGUUCCGGCGCCCUUCUUCAUGAUGAACCCUACACUGACUUUGAUGGGACAAGGGUGUACAGCCCCCCAGAGUGGAUCUCUCGUCACCAGUACCAUGCACUCCCAGCCACUGUCUGGUCCCUGGGUAUCCUCCUCUACGACAUGGUAUGUGGGGACAUUCCCUUUGAGAGGGACCAGGAGAUUCUGGAGGCUGAGCUCCACUUCCCUGCCCACGUCUCCCCAGACUGUUGUGCCCUAAUUCGCCGAUGCCUGGCCCCCAAACCAUCUGCUCGACCCUCACUGGAGGAGAUUCUGCUGGAUCCCUGGAUGCAGACACCAGCUGAGGAUGCAUCCCUCAACACUCCCAAAGGGGGUUCCACCCCUUUGGCCUGGUCCCUACUGCCCUAAUCCUGGCCAGGGCCCCCGCUAGUUGGAAUAGCCAUCCCAUGGCCAUGCCACAAGGGAUAGAUGGACAUCUGUUGAUCUGGUUCUACAGGUCAUUAAAAAUCCAGUGUUAACUAGGAUCAGAGAUUGGGGAUCAGAGAUCAGAAGACAUAAGCCAAGUUUGCCCAGUCCCCAUCCCAAUCCUGCUAAGGAGCCUUCCUCCCAGAACGUAUGGUCUCUUAUUUUGGAGGGGGUCCUUCUUUGCUUCUCAUUUUGCUAAGGGUGUUUAUUUGGUUUAAGUUACUUCUGUUCUGAGCCCCCAGGAUUCUUGUUCUGAUGAGUAGUAACCCCUACACUGGCACCUCCCGCUACCACCACCCAAACUUAGUUCAAAUGCUCUGACUUGGGCAAGGGUGCUUUCCUUCCAGUACCCCAGCAGCUCUUAUUUUAGCAAAGGGACCCUUUCCCUUAGCCUAGGGUCCCCUAUUCAGUAAAGCUGCUUGCCUACCUCAUCCCAGGGUUGUUAAUAUUCUGGGGGAGGUAAGCCCUAUUGUUGUUGCUGGGGUUUUUUUUGGGGGGGGUUGGGUUUUUUUUGGUUUUGUUGUUGUUGUUGUUUUGUUGUUUUUUUUUCUUUGUGAGGGGACCCUUACUCUGUUAUCCCAAGUGCUCUUAUUCUGGUGAGGAGAACCCUAAUUUCAUGAUUUGGGAAGGAAUGGGUGACGGACACUACUACAGUCCACUAGGAUGGGGUGGAUGGUUUUUGGGGGGAUGGGGCGGGGGAAAUACUUUCUGUUGUUUGUUCUCCUGGGGCCCCACCCUCCACCUUGUUUUCAGCUUCUCGCUGCCUCCCUCUGAGCCAGGAUUGUCCAGUUGCUGAAAUGUAAAUACUUAUGUAUUGGGGGAGGGGAGCUCCAACUGUAUCUUUCUCUCCCUUCUCCCCCUGCCUGGAUUAUUUAAAAAGCCAUGUGUGGAAACCCACUAUUUAAUAAACGUAAUAGAAUCAGAA